AAUGGGGUCGUAGUCCCCUAAUUUUUUUCACUACACAAUCUUUUAUCACCAUCGUCCAUCACCAGUACAAAACAAGAAAUAAAGCUUGAAGGGCUGAGGCCUAAAAAGCCUUUGCCUGUAAUUUUCACAUAACUGUACUAAAGAACCCUCGGUCAAAACAAUGAGUGUUGAACAAUUUGAAGCUCCGGAGACUUGCAUUUUCGACGAGAUGGAUGUGAUUGCUUUUCACACUGGCGACCCGAUGUGGUCCAGUCAAGAUCAGAAUGGAAUGGGGCAGUACACAAUGCAGCAGGUUAACAAUGAGAGUGUCCACGAUGAGGAGGCGACCAAUCCAUUGCCGGACACAGUUUCCGCCCCCAAUUUUCUCUGUAACAACUCUCAAUGCAGUGACAGUGAUUUGAACAACAUCACACCGAGUAUUGCACCUAUUAUGUUCCCUCGGAUGAAAACAGGCCCACCGACCAGGAGCUCCUACAAGGGCCCCUACGAAUUUGGCGUUAUGAUAAACGGGGCUCACACACAUAAGAAGAAAUUUCUGUGGUCCACAAAAUUGCAACGCAUGUACGUGGACGCGGAGUGCGACUUCCCCCUAAUAUUCAGCUGGAGUGCCGGGGCUCCGCAGCCGGCCUUCGUGCGCGCCGUCGUGGUCUUCAGGGACGAAGACCAGUCGCAGCACAGGGUCGAGACUUGCGUCAACCAUAAAAGUAUUCUCAUGACGAAGAAUUUACCCGAUUGUCAAUUAAGGAACGUACUCCACUCGUCCCGCGAGCCCGGCGCCGCCGACGUGCAGUACAGCGGCGGCGCGGACGAGUGGUACUCCACCGUAGUGAGGUUCGACAACGGACUCAGUACGACGCACGCUUACCGGUUCAUAUGCAAGAACUCCUGCACCGGCGGGAUCAAUAGACGAGCCAUUUCCAUUAUCUUCACUUUGGAAAAUUUGUCUGGCACGGUACUCGGGCGCGAGAAGAUGAGCGUGCGAGUGUGCGCGUGCCCGCGACGGGACAUGCGCGCGGAGGAGGGCGCCGCGCCCGCCCGGCGGCGCCCUGCGGACGCCCGCGCUGCGGAACACAAGCCCAAGAAGGUGAAGAUCGAGAUCACCGACACUGAUGAUGACAAGAUUGUGGUGCUGCCAGAGCUGAGAGUGAGAGGCAUCUCAACAGCCAUCACUACGUUAGAGAUGAUGAGGGAAUUCACCGUCCAACACAAAAGGCUGUCCACAGAUCUACGGGUGUUGGAUGAAGAUGCCAGUAUUAUAGCCGACUUAGACACUAAGUUAAACGAACUUAGAUCCAGUAAGUAGCCUUUCUUCGGUGCCAGUAUACUAUUAUUAUAUAUUUCUAGAGCAUAUGUUGUAUUUGAAACUUUCCCACAUGUAGUACUUAUAGGAGUAAAAUUUUAGGAUAGUAAAACAUUAUAUAAGUUUGCAUUAUGAUAAAAUGCUAGUCCUUAAUCUUCAAAUCAAUGUAUGCUCUGUGAAUCUUAACUCUAGUUUUUUUUGAUAGGAUUUUAUUUCUAUAUAGGUACUAAUUCAUAUAUUUUUAUUAUGAUAAAUUUUGUCAAAGACAAAGAAAACUAAAGUAAUGUCCAAAAAUAAUAGCUCUCUGCCCUGUUUCUCUUUGUUUGUCCCGUUUCGUUUCUUGUAUGAAUGAAAUGGGAGAUAUAUGUAGUUGUUUCUAUAGUUUUCUCAGUCUUCGAACGUCUCAAUAUUUUGUUAGUAGAUGGAUAAGGACAGAUAUAAAAUAUUAAGUACUUGACAUGUGUCGAAACAGAUUUCUGUGAGGGUUUUUCUUUUUUCUCAUUUAUCUUUGUGUCUGUCUAUAGAGUAGAAAAAGGAAUAUUAGCGAGCUAUAUUUUUGCCAUUGCAAUACCAAUAGAAUGGUCAAAAUUGUUUGAAAAACGCCCGGUGUUGCCAGCCGAAAAGUCACGUCCUCAUUUAUUUUCUACUCUUUAUACUGUCUGCACUCGUAUCGUUGCAACCCACCAAUCAAUAUAUUUUACAAAAUUUAAUUACAUUGCAUUUAUUAAUUUUUUACAAAAACUUAAUCUUUAGUUCUAAGUAGAAAUUUAAAAAAAUUGUUGCUAUGUAGAAAUAGCAUACACUAUAGAAAUAACAUAUAAAUUUUACUAUUUAGUGUUUAAGCAUUUGUUUACCACUGUUGAGUGCCCAUGUUUACGGAGAAGGCAAUGGCAAUCUCCAUUAAUAUUGUCAAGAGAGUCGAUGUGUGAGUUUCAUUCUACUUAACGACCACGACCUUCAGCCAUGAAGAAUGCAACUGUAAGGAGUUGGGUAAUAUAGUUUAGAUUUGUUUCAGUGAAUAUUUUAAUUUAAAAAUGUAAAUAUGCUACUUUUGAUGUGGCCGGUCGGCCGCAGUGAUUCGCGGAGCAGUUAAGCAACUUAAGCGAUGGUCUGCCAUGAGAUGGGUGACCAAAUUAUUGUCUCAUUCUUCCAUACUUCUGAAGAUAGGACAUUGGUGCCUGUUUAUUUUCAGUAACAGUUUACAGUCAAAAGCAACAAAUUCGCGUUUGGCGUUCGGCUCAACCUUAAACAACCAUAGAAAGAUAGAUAUAUAUUUGUGAGAAAAAUUUACUAUACUUAUAGGAUGAAGAUCUAUUUUUGUAGUAUUUUUAAAUAAUUAAAUAAUUGGCAUAUAAAAUGUCUUCCAAAUUUAAUUGGAUAAGUGUGUUUAAAAUUAUUAUGUUUAUUCGCACACGAGUGUUAAAUUAGGUUCUAUGAAAGUGAUUUUUGAAAAGUUUUAACAUUUUAUUUUCAUUUAAUUAUGUUAUCAUGACCUACCCUUUUAUAUAUUAUUGAUUAUAUAUAUAGGCAAAACUACUUACAUAUGAAUGUAAUUAUGUGCUGUAAUGGGUUUUGAGUUAUUCACACCGUGUUAAAGUCGUUUUGUCGUUUGUAUAGUGCGCAUGUAUUACACAGUUGUACCUGGGGUAAGACUGACCUACUACACUACAUACAUACCUACAUAUACAAUAUUCGCUGGCGUUUUGUCGUUUUGUUGAGGUCCAGAAUAUCUCACGGUUAAAAAAAUGGACAGUAAACGAAAAAUGUAGUUUUGAAUUUUACAUAUUUUUUAUUACCAGAGGUCAAUUUGAGUAGUGGACAUUCUAGACCUCAACCCGUUUUAGUAUUAGAGUAUGUGUUUUAUCUAUGUAAUAGUUUGCGGCAAGUCUCUUGAACGAAGAUGGACGUUUGCGCAUUUUUAUUUCUUUGGAAUAGAGUUCAAAAUAUCAGAACUUGACUUCUGCGAAUGCUCAAGCUGUUUGCCGCCAUCUAUAAUACUAUUGUAAUAGUAAAUACUAGCGAUGUGCCGCUGAGAAAUUCUCAGUUCUCGGAAAUUGCCUUCCUUGAGAAUUAUCACAGAUUUACAAGUGAAA